UCGUAAGAAGAACAUUAGGGUUAAGCGAGCGCAGUGCAAACUAGUGCGUCUUGACACCCAUCAGGAAAGUUUUGCUUUUUUCCCAUCCGUGUUAUCUAUCGUGGGAACAAAAAAUGACGGUGGAAUCCGUGGAGAUGGGGAUGGAGAAGAAGCCGAUGAUGCGGCAGCAAAAGUUCACACGAACGUUGGCGUUCUCCAUUUUUGCCGCUGCCUUUGGAUCGUCUUUUUUAUUUGGUUAUAAUCUGGGAGUCAUCAAUGCACCGCAGACUGUUAUUGGGCUAUGGAUUCGCGACACAACUUGUAUUGCCAACGGCGGUGUUCCCAGUCAGAAGGAUGGGCAGACGGAUGACAUCUGGUGUAAGAAGUUGGACCCUACUGGACAGGCUACGAUGUUCAGCGACAACGGGACGCUGAAUUUGAUCUGGGCCUUAAUCACAGCCAUAUUUUGUGCCGGUGGCCUUAUUGGAGCGCUAUCUACAUCGUUUUUUAUAUCGCGUUAUGGCCCGCGUAUGACAAUGAUUAUAAAUAACGCCGUGGGCCUGAUUGCUGUUGUCCUGUUGUCCAUACCUCAAGCCGUGGGAUCCUAUGAAGUGCUCAUUGUGGCACGUUUCGUCGUCGGGGUCAGUUCGGGCGUGAACUCGGGCACCCCGGCCGUCUACUUCAGCGAGAUUGCUCCGGCACAUCUAAAGGGCGCACUGGGUAGCGUCCAUCAACUUACCGUGACCAUCGCCAUAUCGAUUUCGCAGGUCCUGGGUCUACCCUACAUCAUGGGCAACAGCAGUCUAUGGCCCUAUUUAUUUGCCGUAUCCGCCGUACCCUCCAUUGUUCAGCUGCUGACACUGCCAUUUUGUCCAGAAAGUCCCAAAUGGCUGUUUUUGGGCAAAGAAGACGAAGAGGCUGCCCGUGCCGCGCUGGUGCGUCUGCGCGGCACCACGGAUGUAGAGGAUGAAAUGAGCGAAAUGCGAGCUGAACACAAAGUGGCCAAAGCUCUGCCGAAAGUGGGAGUAAAAGAUCUCUUCACCGAUCCAUUCCUGCGCAGCAUCACUUUCAUCGCCAUCAUGCUGAUGGUAUGCCAACAAAUGUCCGGAAUCAACGCGGUAAUGUUCUAUUCCACACAAAUUUUCCGCUCUGCUGGACUAGACGCCCAAUCGGCUCUGUACGCCACGAUCGGGAUGGGUGUGGUCAACAUCGGUAUGACCGUUGUAUCCGUCUUCCUUGUGGAGAAAGCCGGACGACGGACUCUCUUGUUGAUCGGUUAUGCGGGGAUGUUGGUUACGUGCGUGCUUCUAUCGUGUUCCAUGCUGAUCUUUGACAGCGGAGUCGCACCGGUGUGGAAUCCCGCCGCGGUCAAUCCGUUUGGUUUCUUCGCUUAUUUUAGCAUCGUAUUCGUGAUUGUUUACGUUAUUAUGUUUGCCACUGGACCUGGAUCGAUUCCAUGGUUUUUGGUAUCAGAACUGUUUACGCAAGGACCACGUGCGGCAGCCAACAGUAUUGCUGUGGGGACCAACUGGCUGUGUAGUCUGAUUAUCGCUAUUGCCUUCCCUUUCGUUCAGACGGCUAUCGAAGAAUACACUUUCCUCGUGUUCGCUGGACUCUUGGUCAUCUUUGUGGUUUACACCCGGCUGAGGGUUGUGGAGACUAAAGGCAAAACGCAGGAUGAAGUGCAGGCGGAACUCCGGCAACGAUUCGAACAGUGAUCAGGAUUCUCACAGUCUUUAUACGAGACGUUCGGAGUUCUUUUGUUGCUUGUUGGCCAGUUAGUUUUACGUGAAAACUCUUACUUGUAUGAUAUAAUGAUACGUUGUAGGUGUUGCAGUAAUUAAACACACAAUGUUUUACUCUGUUUAUGCAUAACUGGGGCGCACGGCCAGCAGUGUGUGGAAGUUAACAAAAUGUUAAAAAAGUUGUAA